UUCAAAUGGAAAUGUUGAAUCACCCUAACAUGUACUAUACAUUAUUAUGUUGUGGCCCCUUCACUGGCAACUCUAACUUAAACCGACCUAAUGUAACUGUACUGACUACUGACUGAUGGGAGGACAGACAAAUCCAAAUAACAAAUCGUCUCACAUCUGACUUUGUACACCGCCUAGCCGAUAACUGGUUUUGUUUUAAUUAUUAAAUAAACUUACGACACUCAGUUUCAUUCUGAAUUAAAAGUUUUCUUCCGCGAAAUCGAUGAAAAUUCUAAACUCAACAAAAAAUAUAAGUUUUUACAUUUGACACAAGUCUUAUUUUAAUUAAAAGGAUUUCUAGUUAGACAAAAACAAAACAUGUUAAAGACAACUACUAGUAAUGUAAAUGAUCGAGUUCCCAAAACCACCCUUCUUGUUGAUGAUUACGAAAUUUCAAACACGGUUUUGGGAUUGGGAAUAAAUGGAAAAGUAGUACAAUGCAGUAAUCGUAAAACCCAACAAAAAUAUGCACUAAAAGUUCUUUUGGAUAAUCCAAAAGCAAGACGUGAGGUCGACUUGCAUUGGCGUGCGAGUGGCUGUCGCCAUAUAGUUAACAUUAUCGAUGUUUAUGAGAAUACAUAUAGCGGAAACAAAUGCCUGCUGGUUGUUAUGGAAUGUAUGGAAGGUGGAGAAUUAUUUCAGCGAAUACAAGACAAGCGAGAUGGAGCAUUUACAGAAAGAGAAGCUGCACAAGUAAUGCAUGAUAUAUGCGUAGCAGUUCAUUAUUUACACAGCAAAGAUAUUGCACAUAGAGACUUAAAACCAGAAAACCUUCUGUAUACAACACCCGCUCCAAAUGCAAUCCUAAAAUUAACUGAUUUUGGAUUUGCUAAGGAAACUUUGAUUAAAGACACAUUACAAACACCUUGCUAUACACCGUACUAUGUUGCGCCAGAAGUUUUGGGCCCAGAAAAAUACGACAAAAGCUGUGACAUCUGGUCGCUUGGUGUGAUUAUGUACAUUUUGCUGUGUGGUUUCCCACCCUUCUAUAGUAAUCAUGGAGAAGCCAUAUCACCUGGUAUGCGAUCACGCAUUCGUACUGGUCAAUAUGAUUUUCCCGAUCCCGAAUGGAGGAAUGUCAGUCAAGCGGCCAAAGACCUCAUCAAAGGUAUGCUCAACGUUAAUCCAAGUCAACGAUUGACCAUCGUUCAAGUAAUGCGUAACAGUUGGAUAGCGCAAUACACCCAAGUGCCACAAACCCCAUUGCAUACAGGACGUAUGUUGAAAGAGAGCGAAGAUACAUGGCCAGAGGUCCAGGAAGAAAUGACGCGUUCAUUAGCAACAAUGAGAGUUGAUUACGAUCAAACACACAUCAAACCACUCGAUAAUUCUGAAAAUAAUUUGCUCAAGAGACGAAGAAAACUUGAAGAGAUUUCACCAAAAGCCUAGGGGUAGGCAUCAUCGAAAUAAUUUUUUUUUCUAUGAAAAUAUUUGUAUUUAAUCGGAGAAAAUAAUACUAAUAUAAAAAUAAUAAAAAGAUUCAUCAAUGCGUUAA